UUGAGAUAAAUAUUUGUUUUAUUGACAUAAAAUUGUAUCUAAAUACAAAGUUGUAUUAUUUAAAUGCUAGUUAGAAUCGUUGACUGAAACUUCAUUAAAGAAUUUUAGUAUUUUAAUUCUGAUUUACACUGCAACAAACGAAAAACGAUGGGCAUGUCGCGUUGCUACGCCCUCAUGAAAUGUUUGCUGAUACUGUUCAACAUUAUUUUCUUGGUUGUUGGUCUAGGAGCAUGCGCCUUCUCGGGCUGGGCGUUAUGGGAGGGUGCAGGCGGUGUAGGCGCUGGAAGAGCGGGUCUUAGUUGCGUAGCUGUCUGGGGCGCAGUACUAGCCUUGGGCGCCGUCGGGACUCUCCGAGGCGUCUGCGGUGCAGGGCAUGCUGCAGCGUUACGCGGAGGCUUAGCACUGCUGGCGCUGGCUUGUGCAGCAGAAGCAGCAGCUGCAGCCUGGGGUGCUGCUCAUGCACCACAGCUGAGACAGGCACUCCGUGAUAGACUACGAGACACAAUAACCCAUGAUUAUGGGCUUGUGCAUUCGCAUACGCAUAUGCUUGAUGUUAUACAGCAUGAGUUACAAUGUUGCGGUGCUGAGAGUGUUCGUGACUGGCAGGAAGCUGCGUGGGCUGGCGGCGAUGUCGCUGAGCCUUCACCACGAGGCUCCCUUGACUUGUCAGUCAGUGCUCCAGCCUCUUACUAUUGGGUACCCACUUCCUGCUGUGCGACUGAUGACCCAUUCGAGUGUGAGACAUCUCGUCGUAUCGCGACAGCAUCGCGCGGGUCACCCGGACUGUAUACUGUAGCAUGCGCGCCGCGUGUGCUUGCCGAGCUUGCUCGUGUGGCGCGCGCACCGCUGGGUAUAGCGGCCGCGCUGCUUGCCGCGCAUGUGCUUGCGUUAUUGCUCGCGCUCGCUAUCGCAGCACGACCUCAACAUGACACCAGGUACAAGGCAUAAGAUUAAAUAGGGGAAUUAAAGAUAUUAUAUUUAUUCACUAAAUCCAAUAGUUUUUCAUAAAAUCUCCUGGAUUUUUUUUAAUUUCUUAAAAAAGAUAUCUUUUGUCAUGAAAAUUACAUCUAAUUUUAACAAUAUGUUGAUUUAAUUAUGUGAUUAUGUUAUACAUACAAACAAAUAAUUGUUUUUUUCUUGUAUUUCAUCCAAAGCCAAGUUUUUAGUCGCAUAUAUUUAGUACAGUUAAAUGUGUUCAAAUGAUUUAACACUUUCAAUGCUACCGACUACCCCAGCGAGUACAUUUUAUUACAUGAAAAAUUAUAGUGGCAUUGAAUGUGUUAAUCUAAUAAUAUAGCUUAUUGUAAUAGGUUAAGGGCCUUUUCAAACAUGUUACUGUGUAUUUCCACUGGCGAGAUAUUUUUUUUAAUUCUUUAAACAGUGGAAAUUAAUUUACUAAUAUACAUAGCAGAUUUGAUAAUGUUGUUACUCAGUUUUUUUUUUGUAUUUUGCAUUUUAUUUUUUUAUUUUUAGGGCAUUUUGGCUCUGAUACGCUAUAAUUAUUUCCUUUUAGUCACAUUCCGUAUGUCCGAAUGUUGUCAGACUGAUUUUACGUUGAUCUUUAUCUAUACAAGACUGAUUUUAUUCGACCAGCCAUAUCUGACUGAAACUAAACCAAAAUAUUACUACAAUAGUUUAGAAUAAGUUAACUAAUAUCCACUUUAUAAAUCAAUUACAAUGAAAAAGGAUUGGAAUCUUAUGAAUUAAGUUUUUUUUUAAUUUAUUAUUAUCAAUAAUAAAAAACUAACUAAAAAUAUAAUGCAUCACCCUGUAUUUGAAAGUCGAAACAAAAAAACAUGUAACUCUCUUUCGGAAUAAAUUAAAAAAUGUCACAUUCAUGCCAUCUCUUUCUAACCUUAUUAAAUUAGAAAGAGAUGGAUAGAUUUACACCCAGUCAGAAAGAGAAGCUAUUCCAUGUUACAUGUUUAUGGAAAUUAAUAAUUUUGAAUAAUAACAGACUAAC